UUUCUCCAAAAGACUUACAAAACAAAAAUGUGAAAAUCAAAUAUUCAAUUUGGGAAAAUGGCUUUGAUAGUUGCGAGUAUAGAUUUUGGAACAGCACAAUCGGGCUGGUGUUUUUCAUCGAAGAACGAUUUUAAACAAAAUCCUACACAUGUCUCUGCAAAACAAUGGAACGCAGGUACCGGGAUAUCUCUUAAAGCUCCGACAUGCAUUCUUUUGAAUCAGAAUAUGAAAGUUAUAGCUUUCGGAUACGAAGCAGAAACGAAGUUUGCAGAGCUUGCUAAAGAUAAGAAACAUGCAGAUGGGUACUACUACUUCAAAAAAUUCAAAAUGGUAUUGUACAAUCAAAAGAAAGUUCCUGGCAAUUUUCAACUGGAAGACGAAAAUGGAAAGAAAUUAAACGCAAAGAUUGUUUUUUCUAAGGCAAUAGCAUACUUAAAAAACCAGUUAUUAGAAAUGGCACAAGGCAGAAUAAUGGGUGGAAAAAUAGAAAACGACAUUAGCUGGGUAAUUACUGUUCCAGCUAUCUGGUCAAAUGCUGCCAAACAAUUCAUGCGGGAGAGCGCAAAUGAGGCAGGAAUACCAGAUGAAAGACUCAGCCUUGCUUUGGAACCGGAAGCAGCCUCCUUGUAUUGUCGGCAUAUACCAGUAGAAAAGUCUGGCGAACCAGUGGGAAAAUCUGGGUCAGCGGAAAUGUCCAGCGGGACGGACGAAAUGUCUGACGAAGUAAAAAUGUCCGCCGUUAAUGAUGGCGCAGUAGUUUCGUCAUUCAAACCAGGAAGAGUCUACAUGGUAGUCGAUGCUGGAGGAGGAACUGCGGAUAUAACCGUGCAUGAAGUUGCCAAGGGUGGAAAGCUAAAGGAAAUUCACACGGUCAGUGGAGGACCAUGGGGGGCUACAAAGGUCGACGAAGCAUUUUGUAAACUUUUGGAUGACUUGCUAGGGAAAGGCAUUCUGUCUAAACUCAAGAUGGAAAACAUGGACGAUUACAUCACUCUACUGAGGGAUUUUGAAUUUAAGAAAAGAGAAAUCGAUUACGAUGAAGGACACAUAACUAUUAGGAUUCCCUUCAGUUUGAUCGAGCUUGUUCAAAGAAAUGGACAUGCAGGAAUUUUAGAAGCCAUACAAGCAUCCCCAUAUGCACAUGACAAUGACAUUAAAACCGCAGACAAGGAUAAAAUAAGAGUAGGAAAAACGCUUGCACGACGUGUUCUGUUUGAAUCAGUCAAACAAAUGUGUACACACGUGCAGGGAAUUUUAGACAAGCCAGAAUUAAAAUGCUGCUCAGCAAUAUUAUUAGUAGGAGGGUUUUCAGAGUCGCCCGUUUUGCAAUCAGACUUUCGAAAGAGUUUCAGCAAGUACAAUAUUCUGAUACCUGAUAACCCUGGGAUGACCGUAAUGAAAGGAGCUGUGGUGUUCGGGCAUAGAAGUAAAGAUAUACAAUCAAGAGUUGUCCAGUACACCUAUGGAUUGAAGGUGUAUAAAGAUUUUGACCCCGCCUUGCACCCAUUUGAAAGGAAGACUAAAGCCAGCAAUGGAAAGGAAAAGGCUAGAGGUUGCUUUGAUAAAAUUAUAGAAAUUGGUCAGUCAGCUUCGUCAGAGCGUCCCGUAGUUUCGCGUUCUCUUCAGCCGACUGGUGAUUUCAAAUCAUUUGAUGUGAAGCUGUAUGCAUCAACCGAUAAGAAUCCACAAUAUGUCGACCAGCCAAACUGUUUUCUAAUGGGGGAAUUUAGUGUUAAUUGUCAAACUUCGGAAGGAAAAGUCGGGUCUGCUACAGUUGGUUUAAUAUUUGGAGACACUGAGUUGAAAGUUACUGCAAAGCGUGAUGAUACAGGCGAGGAAACGACAAAGUUGUAUUACUACAACUUUGACUGCUAAAUUGCUGAAUGAAUACAUUCGAUAGUACACCAUGGCCGGUCCGUUUGAAUAAGAAGCUGACACACGAACACUUCUUUAAUAUUUUAUAACUAGUAUGAUAGUUCCUACUUUGCCAUUCACGUUUAUAUUACUAAAAAUACACAUACGAUUAAUAUGCAUGUAUAAAAGAUUUGUUCAUGGUAUUAUUCGGUAUGUUUCGCAUUUGGCUCUUACUUUUCUUUUCUUACAUUUAUUGAUAAUUCAAUGACAACUUCAGAAACAAGCCAAGCAGCCAAACAUUCAAAUAUGAACCCUGUUAGGAGACACAAUGUUUAGGCCAAAACGACACUGAACGAAUGACGCAUACGUACUAACACCACAAACAGACCACAAACGCAUCAAAAUAGCUUCAUUAAGACAUGAUGGGACUACCGCCUUGGAAUUAUCAGUAAAACAAGUUAACUGCAACACAAGUUUACAAGGGAUUUAAACGGGUUUAUAUGUGCAUAAUCUAUCACUUGCCCUAACAUUUAUCAAUGCUAACUAACCUAUAAAUAUUACCUUUAUAUUAAGCAACGGACAAUACCAAUAAAGCAUGAUGAAAUAUUCAGUUUAAGGGCACAGCCUCAUUUAAUAUUUACCCCCGAUUCUUUAUCUCGUACUCUGAAAUAAAAAUAUACUUUUGUGUUAACAGACUCAAAUCAAAUUAGUCUUAAAUAUCAGAUUUUUUACAAAAGCUAAAAGGUAUUGUUGACUAUCUUUCCAUAUUAAUCGAGCUUACCAAAUAUGCCCGCAUUGCAUGUUAGCUGGGGCUUUAAGACUUUUAUAGUCAGUUGUCUUAGUAAAAUGAAGAAAAGUGGAAAAACACGCUUUCGAUUUUUAAUCCAGUCGUUUCUGGACAUUUUACGGGGCCUAAACAUAGGUAAUUCGCAUCAUACUUAUACUUAUUGUGUGUUUCUGUAGAUGCAUUGAAUCAUACAUACUCAAAACGGCCACUACCACUUAUUCAAUUGUAUACAAUAACAUGCAUAAAACCCCAGGCCCACGCACAUAUACACACACACGCAAACACGCAAACACACUCAAUACACGCUUCUAUAGUUCUUUAUAUAUUUAUUGAUACUGUAAUGUUCAACUUGUUCAUGAUAUAUCCAUAUUGUCAAUGAUAGGCCAUCAGACCACUAUACUUGUUUUACAUUUUGCCAGUACGAUUGUUUGUCCACAAUCUCAGUCCUGUUGUUAUGUAUUUCUCAUAUUGUUUCUUUUUAUUCAUUUGCAGAUCUGUAAUUUGUUUGUGAUUUAUAUAAUUAUUUAUUAUACGGUUCUUAUGUUG